UAAUCCUCAAAGAGAGACUCAUAAGUCAUAUGGAAAAGUUAAAGUAUGAGCCUUUAUUUGAGACAGAGAAGGGAAAAGGAAGGAUAUUAUAUAGGCUAUUUGCAACUUCACUCUUUUGUGGGAUUAUUUUGAUUUGGAUUUAUAGACUUUGUAAUAUACCAAAUUCAGGUGAAAAUGGUAGAUAUGUUUGGAUUGGAAUGCUUGGAGCUGAACUAUGGUUUGGUUUUUACUGGUUCAUCACUCAGUCUGUUCGUUGGAACAGAAUUUAUCGUCAUACAUUUCGAGAUAGGCUCUUAAUGAGGUAUGAGAAUGAGUUGCCGAGAGUUGAUGUAUUCGUGUGCACAGCUGAUCCUGUAAUAGAGCCACCAAUUAUGGUGAUCAAUACAGUUUUAUCAGUCUUGGCUUACAAUUAUCCACCAGAAAAGCUCAGUGUUUAUCUCUCGGAUGAUGCUGGUUCCGAGCUUACCUUUUAUGCCUUGUUAGAAGCUUCUCGCUUUGCAAAGCAUUGGCUUCCUUAUUGCAAGAAGUUCAACGUUGAGCCGAGGUCUCCUGCUGCUUAUUUUGCAUCUCUGUCUGUUUCGGAUCAAUCUGAUGCAGAUUUUUCCAAAAUGAAGGGAUUGUACGAGGAGAUGGCAAACAAAAUUGAUGUUGUAUGCAAGGCUGGGACAGUCUCAGAUCAAGCAAAAUUAGAAUACAAAGGAUUUUCCAAAUGGAAUUCAUAUUCAUCCAAGAAAAACCAUACUGCUAUCUUGCAGAUACUAAUCGACAACAGAGAUGAAGAGACAAAGGACAUUGACGGAGUAAGACUGCCAACGUUGGUCUAUGUGGCUCGGGAGAAGCAUCCUGAGCACUUCCAUAAUUUCAAAGACGGGGCGAUGAAUGCAUUGCUCAGGGUGUCCUCAGAGAUCAGCAAUGCGCCAGUAAUUCUGAAUGUAGAUUGUGAUAUGUACUCGAACAACUCAAACGCGAUUCAAGAUGCUCUUUGCUUCUUUAUGGAUGAAGAAAGAAGUCGUGAAAUUGCUUUUGUGCAAUUUCCACAAUCUUUCGGAAAUGCCACUAAAAAUGAAGUUUAUGGUUCUCUGAGAGUAAUUGAUGAGGUGGAAUUCCACGGUGCUGAUGGUUACGGAGGCCCUUUGUAUACUGGAACUGGCUGCUUUCAUAGGAGAGACACCCUUUACGGUAGAGAGUAUAGCACGGAAGCUAGGAUUGAUUUGAAGAGUGCAUGUCCUGAGAAGAUGGAAGAAAACGUGCACGAGUUAGAAGAAAGACUAGAAAGAUUAGCUAGUUCAACGUACGACUUAAACAACACUCAAUGGGGAAAUGAGAUUGGUUUGAAGUACGGGUGCCCAGUCGAAGAUGUACUGACCGGGUUGACAAUUAAGUGUAAAGGUUGGAAAUCUGUUUAUUAUCGUCCAAAAAGGGAUGCCUUUGUAGGGGUUACUGCAACAACGUUGGAUCAAAUAUUAGUGCAACAUAAGAGAUGGUCCGAGGGCGAUUUAAUGAUUCUGUUUUCUAAGUAUAGCCCUGUUUGGUAUGGACUUGGAAAGCUCAAUCCUGGCCUUGUGUUGGGAUAUCUCAUUUACUGCCUCUGGUCUCCGAAUUGCUGGGCAACUCUGUACUACUCUAUCGUCCCUUCGUUUUGUCUACUCAAAGGAAUUCCCCUAUUUCCACAGGUCUCCAGCAAACGGUUCUUGCCAUUUGCAUAUGUGCUAAUCGCGGAACUAAUAUAUAGUUUUGCUGAGUUCCUGUGGAGCGGAGGAACAAUUCUUGGAUGGUGGAAUGAACAAAGAAUAUGGCUUUACAAGAGAACAAGCUCCUACAUGUUUGCCUUUCUUGAUACAAUGUUGAAGUUAUUUGGUUCUUCCAAUACAACAUUCAUAGUCACUCCAAAAGUCACUAGUGAAGAUGUGUUAUUGAGAUACAAACAAGAGAAAAUGGAAUUUGGAAGUGCUUCACCUAUGCUUACAAUUUUGUCAACACUGGCAAUGAUCAAUCUUUUUUGCCUAAUGGGGUUGGUGAAAAAAUUGAUAUUGACAAGAGAACUUGGAUUGGAAUAUGUAUUUGAAACUAUGGCUUUGCAAAUUUUGCUUUGUGGGAUUCUUGUUUUUGUUAACUUGCCUUUGUAUAAUGCUCUCUUCUUUAGGCAAGAUAAGGGGAAAAUACCUAGUUCCACUGCAUUUCAGUCAGUUGUUUUUGCCCUUUCUGUUUGCACAUGUAUUGCAUAUAUGUAAUUGUUGAAGCGUUUCACGUCGGAUGAAAUAGGGAUAUGUGGUUUUCUUAUAUGACCUUGGACAUUCCUUUUCUUA